GGUUCUCUGGCCUACUACUGCAGCUGCGGCUGGGAUUUUCUUGAUCCACUUUCACAAUUUGUAAAAAGAGGUCAUUUCACGCGCACAAACGAAGAGUUUUCGAUAUCAGUGACAUUGGCCAACAUGUAAAUGGUGCCUGAUCCACCUGAAAGUACAUGGAAACAUCACCAACCAACAGACAGACAUUUGGCUUUAACACUGGCCCUUGCUGUCUCAUCUGUUUAGAGCCAAAGCUUACUCACUUACCGUCCGUAGAGAAGCCUUAAUGAUCUGAUCUUUGGGAAUCAGGACCCACCUCUGCUUGACAGGGACCCACAAGGCUUAUGGAACAGUGCACACACAAGGAACUCAGAUGGGGGCAUGGUAGCCAGACUGAGUUGUUGACACGUCUGUUUCAAAAUGGAUGCUGCUUUGACUGACAGCUGCACGUCCCCACCCAGCCCUGAUUUUAGUCUGGACUCAUCCAGUCCAUUUGCAAAUGGACUGCACUUUGAGUCAUUUUUGUUUGAAGAUGAAGACGGGAAUGAAGUUGUGGAUCCAGAGACUCGAUCUCAACUGGAAAGAGCCUCAUGUGGCUCAACAAAAGACCAUGCAACAAAUACAAACUUGAAGUCAAAAUCGGGUGUCAAGCCUAGAAGCAAAAUUUCAAAGGGUCGCUCGUCUUUGGGGCAAGAAGCUGUAUUUGAAGACAGGUCUACAAGUGAUUGUGGGCUUUCUUCUCUUGUGUGUAGGCCUGCUGGGAUUAUAAUGACAAAAAAAAUUAAAACAAAGGCUCUACCACCAGUGAAAUACUUGGAGGGUGAAGUAAUAUGGGCUAAAUUCAACCAUAGACCAUGGUGGCCAUGUCAGGUGACUGUUCACCCAGCUGAAGGAGUUUACCACAAAAUUAAAGAGCCACCAGAUAGGACCAAUCGGCAGUAUUUCCUCAAGACAUUUGGGGAACCUGAAGAACAGGCGUGGGUCCCUGAGCGAUCGACUCAUAUUUUUGUGGGUGGAUAUCAGUUUAACAAUCUCCCAAUGGUGAGAGGAAGUGGACGCCAACAAGACAAAAACUCCAGACACUCUAUACCCAAGCGGUUUCUGAACUCUUGGAGAGCUAGUGUGGUAGAAGCAGAAGCACUUCUCCUGGAGAAGCCAAGGGUCACCACUCUCUGCUCAGACUUCACCAAAACAAUCACUGAAGGAACUACAAAUAACACAGAAAACAAAGAGUCUGUGCCAGUGGAAUUACCCAACAUUAGUCCUCUGACCAAUGGAACAGUUGCACAAAAAGAGCACAUGAACACCUUACCACAUAAUCAGGGGUCUAAAAACAAAAAGAAACAGAGAAAGUCUUCAACACAUUUUAAAAAAUCUAAGGAAUUUCAUUGUGAGAGGGAUAAGACUAUGGAAGCUUUGGACAGUCCUUACUCUGACAUUGAUUCUGUACCACAGAUUCGGAGAUGUCCCAAAAGCACUGAGCAAAUUUCGAAGCAUGGCCCUGUUAAUAAUCAGUCAAACUCAACCUCAAGUCAACUUCCCAUUACAAAUGGCCAAGAAGUAAAGAAGAACAUGGAGAACCAGGGUGGCCUUUGGUUCAGUAAAACAAAAGGUCAGGUCAAUGGGGGACUUAGUCGUGCUGGAAUUAAAUCUGUGAACUGUUCUUUCGGGAAGGUAUCUUGUAAAAUUAAGAUGUCAGAUUCCAUAAGCAUGAAACCCAAAGACAAUCACAUCAGCGGACUUGAACAUCUAUCUACUGAAGCCAAGAAAGCUCUCGAUAGGAGAGUGAAGUGCCUUCCAGCAAGUAGUCGCCUGAUGACAAGAGCACUGAAGGCUAUGGAGGAGUUCGAAACAGAAAAUUGUGUGUCGUCUUCUGACAUUACAAUGCCUGAAAAUACAGAUGUAGACAACCAUAUCCCUUCACAGAAGAUGCCAACUACAGCGAGCUGCGAUCUGAACGAGGACUCAAAAAGUAACAUACACACCCAGCUAUCAUCGGAUCUUCUGAGUUUUAAAGACGAUGCAAAUUUAGUCAAAUCUGAAGAUGUAGCUUCUUUGAUAUCCCAAGCACCUGUUGCCUUUCAUUCAUUCAAAUACAAACAAGAGAGUCAUGCUUCUGAUUCAUCUUCUAGUUCUUCUCCAUCUUUGCGCUUAAAGAUGGAAGAUGUGGAGAAUAUAAAAAAAAUAACCUUCAAAUCACUAACAAAUGAACACAGCCAGCCUUUGUCAUUUCAUCCUGAUGCAAACUAUAAGUUUAGCACAUUAUUAAUGGUGCUCAAGGAUAUGCAUGAUAGCCGGGAUAAAGAUGGAACCGCAUUGGCAAUAGAACCGUUACCCGUAAAUGAACUUGUUAAAGAGGAGCCAUCACUGAUUCUGGAUGUAAAUGAUGAGAUGGCCACAGUAAACACUGUGGAUAUACAAAAAUGUCAACUGGGCAAAACUGCAUCAAAACCGAAGAUGAAACUAAAGUCUGGGACAAAUAUGAUCCCAGAAAUUCAACUAAGCUCUACUGUGUCAAAACAUGCUCAAAGACCUAGCAAAAAAAAAUCUUCAGAAAAGAAAACCACUGAGAUUGCAGCAAACAUCCACUCAAAAGAUACAUUUGACAAACUGAUAUCUGAGCACCUCCUGCCCUCGGAAGAACCAGACUCCAAGUUCUCAACUAAUGUGCCCAAAAAGCGUUGGCAAAAGUUUGGCCAAGUCAGUAACAAAGCGUUACAUGUAGUCGAAGGUACUUGUAUUCAAAAAACAGAACAAUUACCCUCAGAAAAUUGUGGCGUUUUGGUGGAUAAUACAAUUGAGUCUUGUCCUUUUGUGCCUGGGAAGGAAACUACCAUCAAUGCAUCUGAAAAUAUACAAGGCAACUUUCAAAAAAAUGACAUCCCAACAGAAUGCAAACGUAUUAGAAAACCUAGCAAAAGACUCAUAGAAUGGACAGAGGAAUACGAUCAGUUGUUUUCUACUAAGAAGAAAGCAAAAAAGAAACCUGAGUCUUUUUCUAAGGUUGAAAAAAUCAACUGCAGUGGCCUAGUGGAGAAAAGAUCUGGCGAAAGUACACAGAAACCUCAGGUGACAGAACAAUGUGUGUCAAGACCCCUGCCAGAAUUAAAGACUCCUCCUCCAGAAGACCAGUCUCGGAGCACUCCUUCAAUAAAUACCACACCAUGUCAAGAGAGACAGGUAUUGUCUGUAGACACGCUAACUCCACCUCCAGAAACAAUCCCAUCCCCAUGUGCUGACAUUUGUCAUAAGGAGGAGCUUCAAAUACAAAAUGCUUUAGCCACUGGUGAUGGUGUGUGUCUAAGCACAAAGAGACAACGGAAACCCACCAAAAAGAUUCUAGAAAGCUCCACUGAAGCUGCACCAAUUCUUGUGCCUAAAAGAAAGGUGAAGUCACAGAAGAUUUGCUCGUCUGGACGGUCUACAAAUUCAGGGAUUGGACAACAAUCAUCAAAAAGUAAGAACAAGCUAUCUUUUGAGCCAAUCGACUCAACAACUGCCCCAAUCCUCAAAAGUACAGAGAUGGAGACAGAAGUUGCCCCUGAAAUGCCUAAUGCAAUUAACCCAGAAUCAGCUGAGGAUGGUUCAGAUGAUCUCAAAUGCUCAGGUUCAGAGGUCAGUAAUUUUAGCUAGUCUUAUUCUGAAAGAGAAGAAAAUUCAAAAUCCCAUGAAGGAGUCUCGGAUAAAAGGCUCUCAGGGGAGAAAGGUGGCAACACUUUACUCAAGGAGAAUGUGUGCCAGGCAUGUGAGAAGCAGGGAGAUCUCCUUCUGUGUGAAGGGCAGUGCUGUGGGGUGUUCCAUCUACAAUGCACUGGCCAGAACGAACUUCCUGCAGGGAAAUUUUUAUGUCAAGAGUGCAUGUCUGGUAUACACUCAUGCUUUUCUUGUAAGAGCCUGGCUGAGGACGUCAGGCGCUGUAUGCUUCCAGGAUGUGGGAAGUUCUACCAUGGGGAGUGUGCUGCCAGCCAUGCACCCACAGUACCUCUGAACCGGGCUUUUCGUUGCCCUCUGCACGCCUGCCUGUCGUGUUUCAUCACAAACCCUACCAAUCCAUCUGUAUCUAAAGGCCAGCUAACCCGCUGUAUCAGGUGCCCUGUGGCAUAUCAUGCCAAUGAUAACUGCAUACCUGCUGGGAGUGUCACACUCACCGACAGCAACAUAGUGUGUCCCAAUCACUUCACACCAAGAAAAGGCUGCCGCAACCACGAGCAUGUCAAUGUCAGCUGGUGCUUCGUCUGCUCAGAAGGAGGUAGUCUGCUGUGUUGCGAGUCAUGUCCUGCAGCGUUUCACCGAGAGUGUCUGAACAUCGACAUGCCAGAAGGCAGCUGGUACUGCAACGACUGUCGUGCUGGAAAGAAGCUGCACUACAAGGAGGUAGUGUGGGUGAAAGUUGGCCGCUACAGAUGGUGGCCUGCAGAGGUUAGCAAUCCCAAUGAUAUUCCCGAGAAUAUUCUACGCAUGAGACAUGAUGUCGGAGAGUUCCCGGUUCUUUUCUUUGGCUCUAAUGACUACCUUUGGACUUAUCAAGCCCGGGUUUUUCCUUACAUGGAGGGCGAUGCCAACAGUAAAGAGAAAAUGGGAAAGGGAGUUGACUCUACCUAUAAGAAAGCACUGGAAGAAGCUGCAGUAAGGUUCAAAGAACUGCAGGCCGAGAAAGAACUGCGGCAGCUGCAGGAAGACCGACUAAAUGACAAGAAACCUCCACCAUACAAACAUAUUAAGGUGAACAAACCGAUUGGCAAAGUCCUGAUCAUUUCAGCAGACCUUUCAGAGAUUCCACGCUGCAACUGCAAAGCGGCGGAUGAGAACCCCUGUGGUAUGGACUCAGAGUGCAUCAACCGAAUGCUGCUGUACGAGUGUCACCCACAGGUGUGUCCUGCAGGUGAGCGCUGCCAGAACCAGUGCUUCACCAAACGACAGUACUGCCAGGUGGAGAUCUUUAGAACGCUGUCUCGAGGCUGGGGGCUGCGCUGUGUGCACGACAUCAAAAAGGGAGGAUUUGUUAACGAAUAUGUUGGAGAGGUGAUUGAUGAGGAAGAAUGUCGUACCCGGAUUAAACAUGCUCAGGAGAACAAUAUUGGCAAUUUCUACAUGCUUACAUUGGACAAGGAUCGAAUUAUUGAUGCCGGGCCCAAGGGAAAUGAAGCCCGUUUUAUGAACCACAGUUGUCAGCCAAACUGUGAGACGCAAAAAUGGACAGUCAACGGAGACACGCGUGUUGGGCUUUUUGCGCUUACAGAUAUCCCUGCUGGCACUGAGUUAACAUUCAACUAUAACCUUGAGUGUCUGGGCAAUGGGAAGACGGUGUGCAAGUGUGGUGCGUCUAAUUGCAGUGGAUUCCUGGGAGUGAGGCCAAAAAACAACCCCUCAUCAGAUGAUAAAGGCCGUAAACUGAAGAAGAAGUCUCAGAUGAAGCGUAAAUCCCAGCAGGAAGUAAUCAAGGAGCGGGAAGAUGAAUGCUUUAGUUGUGGAGAUGGAGGACAGGUUGUGUCCUGCAAAAGGCCAGGCUGCCCUAAGGUUUACCACGCUGACUGUCUCAAUCUCACUAAGAGACCCGCAGGCCGUUGGGAGUGUCCUUGGCAUCAGUGUGACUUGUGUGGGCAGGAAGCAGCUUCCUUCUGUGAGAUGUGCCCUAGCUCCUAUUGCGUCGAACAUCGAGAUGGCAUGCUUUUUAUAUCCAAACUGGAUGGACGCUUGUCAUGCAGCGAGCAUGACCCCUGUGGCCCUGAGCCCCUGGAGCCUGGCGAGAUCCGGGAAUACCCCCCGCAACUCAUGACUACAUACCCUAUAAACUUCAUCAGAGCUGCCAAAACCAAAUCCACAACCCUAAACACUACAGCUGUCCCGCAGGCUCCAUCUCCCCCUGAUGUAGCCCCUCAGGUCUCCUUUAGCCCCUCCAGCAGCCCUCCACCACUUGACAUGCCUUUAAACUGUGCAUAUUCACCAAUUUCUCCCUAUGGAGAAGAAAAAGCAGAAGAGGAAGAAAGUUUGAUACAAUUAGAAAGGGAUGGUGAGAAGAGCAUAACCCAAGAGAAUUCGGAACGAUUGAUGAUAAAGAAGAAAACCGAAGUAUGAAGGUUUAAUCUAUAGAAGCAAACUAACCUGAGUUUACAUUUCCCAACAGACAUUUAUAGUUUUCUCACAAUACUUUCGCUGAGGGUAUCUGGUGGCUUCAGCUGUUCACUACAACAUACUUGAAGGUGGUACACAAAACGCUUUGUAUCUCCGUCAGUAAUGUCUUUGAAGAAGAGGACACAGAUUGACAAAGAUGUUUUCGAAAAAAUUAUUCAAACUCUGAACAGAACCAACAGAAGUUUACUUUGGACUUCAGAGUGCAGUUAAUUGAUCGUGAUUAAUAAGAUUAAAAUGUCAGUGUCUUGAUCCUAGCCAACUGUUUAAAUAACGUGAAGACCAUCGUUUUGAAGUACCUUUCUAUAAUAAUCCAAAAUUCGCCUGCUAUCAUGUUAACACAAAAGACAUUUACAAGUAUGCUUAUAAUUUAUUUUAGAUCCUUUUAGUGUUUGAAUUAAUCUUUGCCAAACUGGCACAAAAUCCAGAACUUGAUGCAACUCACAAAGGAACUGUUAUGAUUGAUCAUAUCCACUGAUAUUCCCAAAAUUCUUUGGUGUAAAUUAUUCUGCGCCUUUAAACAUGAACUGUGUGAUUUUUUUUUUUUUUUUUUUUUUUGUGGCAUCCAACACUUACAAAACUUUCAAACAAACAAAAUAAAUCCUGCCCCAACUUACCAGUCAUUGAGAAAGUGCAACUAUGUACUAGAUCUCUUAACUGGACUAGUCAGAUGGUCUGUUCUAUCUUGCUGUAUAUAUUUUUAUAUAUUGCAAGCCUGAUAAACACGUCAAGUCUUUGACAUUUAGUGAAUUCAUGUUCAAUUUUCCAUAAAGGCUGAUAUCUUAAAUAAUGUUCAACAUAAAAUUUGAACUGAAACUGUGUAGUGUAAAACACUAUUAUUGGCAACAAAAGCCCUCUAGUCUUUUGUGAAGCUAAUGUCUAGGACAAAUGAUUGUGGCUUGUUGCAUGUCUACACUCCUGAAAUUUCUCGGCUGGUUUUCCUCACCCCCAUUUAACUGAUCAAGUGUUCUUCGUGAUGAACAGAAUUUCAUUUUUUUUCUUAAACUGUAUUUGUGUAUAUAACUGCACUUAAUAGUUUUAACGCUGCUCUAAGAGUCAUUCCUCAGUAUAUUUCAGACAAAAUUCAGGCAAAAGGGAAAAAAAAUAUCUGUUGCCAUGUUAGAGACUUUAAUUGUACUGUAGUGCUUUGUACAGAAUAAACCACAGUACACA